ACGGCGAGAAGGGGCUCUGGCGCGCACUCGGCCGCAGGGGGGCGCCCCUGCCCGGCCGCUGCUGGGCUAUCGGUCCCCGCCACAGGGCGCGUCGCCUGCAAGAAGAUGUCGCUGUCCGGCGGGGAGCGCCCUGCGGGGCGAGGGACCCGCCUGUCCUGGCUGCUGUGCUGCAGCGCCCUGCUGUCCCCGGCAGCCGGCUACGUGAUCGUGAGCUCCGUGUCCUGGGCUGUCACCAACGAGGUAGACGAGGAGCUGGACAGCGCGUCCACCGAGGAGGCACUGCCCGCGCUGCUGGAGGAUUCGGGCAGCAUCUGGCAGCAGAGCUUCCCGGCCUCGGCUCACAAGGAGGACACGCACCUGCGGCCUCGGGGCUCCGCCCGCGCCAGGCCCGCACCGGCCCCGCGUGGAAUGUUCUCCUAUCGGCGGGAGAGCGACUCAUCCGCAGCGUCCCCCGGCCCCAGGGUGCGUGCCAGCACCGCCCGCUCCCUGGUCCACGCCAGCUCCUGGGGCUGUCUGGCCACCACAGCCACCCUCGAAAAGAUCCAAGGACUGCCCUUUGGGAGCUGCCUGGCCAUCAGCGAUGGUCCCUUCCACAACAGCACGGGCACCCCUUUCUUCUACAUGACGGCCAAGGACCCUGUGGUGGCUGACCUGGUGAAGAACCCCAUAGCCUCCUUGAUGCUGCCGGAAUCUGAAGGAGACUUUUGCAGGAAAAACAUCGUUGACCCAGAAGACCCCCGAUGUGCUCGGUUAACGCUCACUGGCCGGAUGAUCCUGGUGCCGCCAGGGGAGGUAGAAUUCGCCAAGCAAGCCAUGUUUUCGAGACAUCCAGGGAUGAGGAAGUGGCCUCGCCAUUAUGAAUGGUUCUUCAUGAAGAUGUGGGUAGAACACAUCUGGCUUCAGAGAUGGUACGGAGGUGUAUCUGACAUCCCAAGGGAGGAAUACUUCAAAGCGGCUCCCAGAAAGGCCUGAAGUGCCUGACACAGAAGUCCCGGGCUUUGCGUUAACGAAGACCUUUGAAAUGAAGAAGCCAGGCGGUCUCUGACCGAUGUCUCUUUGUUGAAGGGUGCCCAGCUGUCCUGUCAUCCCGCAGCAGGAUGAGAGAGAACAGACAGGGGACCUUGGGCUAGACUUCCGAUUUGUUGGAGUGGUCCUUUGCGGAUCUAGCCUUCACACGGGCCCUUCACAUAGAAAGAUUUUGUUUAUGCUGUAUUCAACACAGACACGCCCGUUUGGAAAUCAUGGUUGUCAAAUUGGAAGUUGUGGUUGCUGUUCUUUU